UUAAUUAAGAGUAUAAAAGAAAGUUUUCCUUAAGUAACUUAUAAAACUAAUGAUUGUUGCUUAUAAUUAGGGUUUAGGGGUAAUAAACUCUAACUUGUUGCUUAUAAUUAGGACCAGAAGCAGUAUUAUUAUGUACCUUAGUGGUCAUGUUGCAUAACUAAUCUAACAAUUUGAUCUAAAUUCUAAAUAAGAUAUAUUUUGCCACUCUUCAGUCAUGGAUGAUCCCUGUGAUCCAGAACAAGUAAUAUAGAAUAAAUAAAUGUUUGUCAAGUUUAUUUUAAUUUCUUGCUUUCCUUUGCCGUUGUCCUGUGUUGCUCUUAGGUUGUGCGAUGAAGCUACUAGUGCUCUUGACAGCACAACAGAAGCAGAGAUUUUAAGUGCGUUAAAGUCAGUAGCACGUAAUCGGACUUCCAUAUUCAUUGCUCACAGGCUUACCACUGCAAUGCAGUGUGACGAGAUCAUUGUUUUGGAGAAUGGGAAGGUGGUUGAGCAAGGACCCCAUGAAGUGCUCUUAUCAAAAGCAGGAAGAUAUGCACAGCUGUGGGGACAGCAAAAUAACACGAUUGAUGCAAUUGAUACAGCCAUCAAGCUGGGUGCAUAAAAAUGAUAAAAGCCUCUCCCUUCCUCUUGGU